AUGGAUCUUUUCGACACUACGUCGUACUUUUCUUCCAAAGUGCCAGUUCUCGCCACGUCGAAAGUCCUAUUGAAAUCAGCAGUCUGUGCACUCGCAUCCAAACAUCUCCGGCAUCUUUGCCGAAAUAUGAGCCAAGGUGGCAGAAAUUCGAAACUUCUUUCUAGCUAUAUCGGCCUUCCGUCUUCAAACGAAGAGAUGUGGCGAUAUCACUCAGCGAAGUAUUACGACCAGGCUCUCAAUCAUCUCCAAAAUGCUGUCAGUACGGGUUCCUACUGCAAUAGUAUAUCGGAUAAAGAAGAGAUGCUCGCGGCGGUCGCUAUUCUCUGUGCUUUCGAGUUAAUGGACGCCCCUGGGAGUGCAUGGCGUGCUCACCUGAGCGCACUACCCCUGUUCCAUGAUAGAGGUGUCUCUGCAACAGAGCAUGCUUCAGUAAUAAUUCCCCAGACAGCUGUGAAAGGACCUAUAUUCUGGAGUCUUGCGAGGCAAGACUUGCUAUGUGCCUUCAUAAGUGAGAGUCCAACAAGCUUGGACUUGAAAGAUAUGCGGCUUUGGCAAAAUGCAGGCUUAGCCACUGAUGAGAAGGGAAGCCUCCUGGCUUAUAGCCCACGAGACGUGAUGGAGAGCCAAAACUCGUCUGGGUUUGAAGAGGAUAAGAAGAGCAAUGAACUCACAUGGAUUCUAGGUAAAAUUGCAAAUCAUAUUACCGCAGGAGAUGCUUUGGUUCCAGCAGACAAUACUUUACCGCGUCAUCAGAGACCUCGGAUUGGAUUGAACCAGGAAAAUAUAUUAGAAAGAUGGAAUAUAUUGAUGAAUGAUCUAUCCAACUGGAACGAAUCUCUUCCUCAGUCCUUCCGCGCAACUGCUCGCACGCGACGAUUGGGCAACGUGCCUCCUGGAUUUGAGCUAAGCUUUGAUACAUUCGAGCAGAUCUGGUUUGAUAUCCCGCUGUGCGCUGCCACGAUGCAAAGCUACCAUCAGGCAAAGAUUCUGUUAUUGGCAAACGAGCCGCAAGAGUCAACAGCGAUCCGAUCAACAGUAUCAGCACGUUUGAGAUCUUAUCGGCAUGCUCUUCAAGAAGUCAUAUACCACGCCCGGGAGGUCUGUGGUAUCAGCCUUGCAAAUUCAACUGAUUCAUUUAGAAUCAAUUCAGUUCAGGCGCUAUUUGUUGCUGGCCAGGUUUUCCAAGAGCGCCGAGAACAAGAUGCAGUUCUGGAGCUGCUUUCUGGAAUCGAAAGAGAUUUUGGUUGGACUACGAGAUAUCAUGUGGCAAAGUUGAAUGAUGAAUGGAUGAAGGGAAGGGAGGGUAACCAUGUUGAUCGUGAUGGACAUGGACAUGAGUCUAAUUGGUUUAUUUCAACUUCAAGUUCUUAG